AUGAAGCUCAAGGCUCAUUCAAAAGGUGGCGUUCGAGCUGUUAUCAUCUGUCAUAGCCAUGAAUUAUCUGGUCAAACAUACCGAGAAUGCAAAAAGUUGGCCAAAGAGGAAAAGUUUCGUAUCAAGUUAAUGACAAAACAUCUUUUAGAAGGUUCUGAUUUUUCAAAAUUUCCUUAUGACAUACUUAUAUCCACGCCCUUUCGGUUACGCUUGGCUACCCAGAGGAAAAAGCUUGAUCUCAGCAGAGUUGAGUAUCUUGCCCUUGAUGAGUCUGAUAAGCUAUUUGAGUCUGGAAUUGAAGAAGGAAAACUUAUAGCAAUUCGGCAGAGUUUUGCAGAGAGUCUAAAUCCUCCAGUAUGGGUUUUUGUCCAAAGCAAGGAGCGAGUCAAGGAGCUGUAUGGUGAACUUGCAUUCGACAAUAUUAGAGUUGAUGUCAUCCAUUCUGAUUUGUCUCAAGAAGAGCGAGAAAACGCAGUUGACAACUUCAGAGCUUGUAAAACAUGGGUUUUGAUUGCCACUGAUGUGGUUGCUCGAGGAAUGGAUUUCAAAGGCAUUAACUGCAUGAUCAAUUAUGAUUUCCCAGAUUCUGCAUCGGCAUAUAUCCACGGAAUUGGUCGAUCUGACAUGACAAUGAAAUCGGAUUUGGAAGAUCGUUCAAAUUCUUUUGAUUCAAAUUCUGGUGUUGGCUACAUUGAAUGUGUUUUCCAUCCAAGCAAUUCUAUUCAAGCUGAUGAACUGGAUUGCGAGGAACCAUCAUCUUCUCUUUCUGCAGGUUUCACUUAUUAUUGUAGUUACACAACUCAUGGAUGCUUGUCUUAG